AUAUAAAAAAGACAGACAAAUAUGUACAUUGAGUACUGCUGUUCAGUUGGCUCGUUUCUGGCCAAAUUUCAUAAUGGCAUACGUAGCAUCAUGACAUUUACACUUGCAGUCGUGUUCAGCGAAAAUUAAUUAAAUGGAAUUCAAUGGAGUUCACAAUGGUAAUAUUGAAAUACAGUUUCUCAAAUAUUGAUAAAAAUAUAUAUUCUUGCAUCAAACAAAAUAAUAACAUUUGAAAAAAAGAAAUUAAUAAAAGGUGGUUAAAUGGGGCUCUAAGCUUACUUUUUUUUAAUGUAAAAAUAAAAAUAAAAAAUUAGGAGCCCAGUCAAAAAUUUCAGGAGCACCUUCUAAUCAAUAAUCAAAAACUCUGAUGAAAUAUUAGCCUUCCCAUUACAAGAUGAUAUUUGACUCCUUAAAGUGAUUUACAGGGAAUUUAGUUUUUACACCUUUGUAAUGGCAUUUUUCUAACUUCAUUAAAAAUAUGUCAUCUUUUAAGUCAAAUUAAAAAAAUAUAUGUAUAAUUCGUUUAAACUAUCUAAUUAAAACAACAGAAUAAACUCAAGUAGAAAAAGUUACCAAUCAAAUUAAAUCAGUAUUAAUUUUUUAUUUUUUUUUCUACAGAGGUGGCACUAAACAACACAAAAGUGGCUUGUUAGGUAUAGACAUUAAAUGAAUCGAAUUCGUCCAAAUUUAAACAAACUAAAUAACAGAAAAGAUACUUUAAAAAUGGAAUUAAAACUGCCAGUAGGUGGUGGCAAAUCAUUGAGUUUAUCACUGAAUCAUUUAUUCAAUUGAUUUGUUCAAAUGACUAAUUAAUUCAGGAAUGAAGCAAGUGACUGGCUUUGUGAAUGGGUAAUUGAUUCAGAUUCAUUUAAAAACAGGGAACCCUGGUUAUCAUUCCUAUUUUUUCAGGUCAAUUAUGAACAAUAGGUAAAAUUGAACUGCUUGCGAAAACUUGAGAGAAUUGUGUGCUCCAAAUAUUUGAAUGGCUCCUCCCCUUUGAUUGGCCCCUCAACUAAUCUCACUUUAAACUUUUGCCAUAGCUUGAGAGCUUUGGUCAACAUUUUCUGUUGACCAAAACGCUGCUGUUGUUGUUGUUUUUAUGUGUUUGACUGUUAUCCUGUAAUACAUUUACAGAUAAUUUGUGGAAGGUUACUGUUAAAUUUCGCUUAUUAGGCUGUUUAUAUAUUCCAAUAUUUGUGUAUUCUUCUCAUGUCAGAAUAAAUGUAAUAUUGUGACUUUCCCCAUAUUGUGUGACAACAUCUCCCAUCGUGUGUUAAAUGACCUGUAUAUUUCUCUUAGACCGUAACACCGCAAAUGUUCAAUAGCUAUUUGUAGUCGAGAUAAAAUGUGUCAGUACAGGAAAUAAUUCCAGUCAUGUCCCUGCUCAAAUGUCAAAGGAAUCUGGGAGGCAGAAUCCUGUGGAUGAAGCUGAUGUGCAGAUCAGGAUGGCGGCUGCUGCACAAGAGAGGAGAUUUGUUCACCUGUCCACCCACCGAUGCCCUGGCGCACUGCAUCAGUGAAGACUGCCGCAUGGGAGCAGGGAUCGCUGUGCUCUUCAAGAAGACCUUCGGACGAGUAGAUGAGCUUCUGGCUCAGAAGAAGCAACCUGGGCAGUGUGCUGUCCUGAGAAUAUCAGAGCGUUUUGUGUACUACUUGGUCACAAAGAAAAAGUACAACCAAAAACCCACUUAUGACAAUCUCAGACAGAGCCUCGUGUCUAUGAGGGAACACUGCUUGGCCAAUGGCGUUAACAGUAUAUCCAUGCCUCGGAUUGGCUGUGGUCUGGAUAAACUGAAAUGGGAAAAUGUGUCUUCCAUUAUCACAGAAGUCUUCCAGGACACACAAAUCUCCAUCACUGUGUACACAAUCUAGACCACAGUAGGUCUGAAACUUGAAGAAUGGUUGGGGGGUGGCUUUCUAUUCCAAUGGAAUUUCACAGCAUAGUGUAUGGUGUGUAGGGUGUUCAUUAGUCUUGUUCUGGGAAACAUAGGCUCUUAAUACUGUUCCAGUUAUAUACUCUAAGAAUAUGUAGGGGUUCAGUUCCAUUGUUCUUCCAUUCUACUGUUGCAUCUCUAAAUUGUGUGGAUGUUCUUUUCUUCACUAAAGGGUCACUGGAUUGUUUGAUAAAUUAUGCUUUCUAGUUCAUAUUUUUCCAGUCAUUAUCACUAAAUUAAAUUUAGCUCUAAUAUUAGUGCACUAUAAAUGUCCCAUAAAUAAUGAUUCCACCAUUAUUCUGAUAUCCUUAUUUUCCAAUUUUCUUCUUCAGUACAUUGGUUCUCAUCUGUGUUACUGGAGAUGUUUCCAAUCUGUGUCUCAUUUCCAAAGCAGUACCCUCCAAAGGUUGCAUUUGUCAUCCUCGAACGUCACAGAACCUCUCUCAUUUCAGAAAAGCAACCAUUAUAAAAUUCACUCUUAGUCCUCAUGAGGCAUAGUUACAGUCAUUUCUGUCUUUAGAAUAUAACAGUCAGCAGAUAAAGCAGACAAAUGUGACCUCUGGAGGGU